AUGGAGCCCGUGCUUCGCCCACUGCCGCGCGACGAGUCGGCGUACGCCUCGAGGCGGGCUGCCUUUGACCGCACGCGCCGGUUGCAUGCCGGCACGCUCAACAUAUUUGCCGCGGAGGAGCCCGCCACACCCGCCGCCGCCACCGCCACCGCCGCCACCCCGCACGCAGCCCGUCGCUCGCACCACAACGACGAGUCGCACGAGACGCGGGAGUUCAUGUGGGGGCGCUUGCGGCGCGUCGAGCCGCCGAGGCACACUGAGGCCCCGCAGGGCAUUCACCACGUGGAGCGGGCCGCGGGGAAGCAGCAGAACAUCCAGGUGGUUGGCAUUACGGACGCGUACAAGGACCCGAAAAACUUUCCGCCGUCACGCAGUGGCGUACGCUGCGGGGCGCGAAGCAACUCAUCCUCGAUGCGGGAUGUCAUGUCGUACGCCGGUGCUGGCGGAGGUGCGCGCGGCGUCGGCAGCCGCCCCCAGUCACGCGUUGUCGAGUACAGUCGACAGGAGCGCUUCUCGCAGGCGGUGCGGGACCACGUGCAGCACCGACGGGGCGGCGCCACAGUCUUCUACGUCAAUCUUGCGCGCGGUCUGGUGGGUCGCGUUGCGGCGGAGACGCCGAUAGCGACGCCGCGGGAGUGGCACUUGGAGGACGCCCCCCCGACCCACACCUUGACGCUGGAGCGUUGCAGGGCGCAGCUGCAGUCGCUGACCGGCAUCGCCGUCUCUCUGGGGGAGCUGGCGGUGAUGUUGUGGGGUCCGAUAGAAGACACCACUCCCCACGGCGACGGCGCCGAGCCCAGCGAGAAGGAGCUCCGUCACAUGACAGUCACAUACCGCGACUUCUCCGAGGCCUUUGGCGACAACUCCAGAGACAACAAACUUCUCACCCUCAAGGUUUAA